UGUGCUCUAGAUAUUUUGCAGCACUAAAGACUUUGCUUAUUAUGAGAAUAGACUUUGCCAGGAGCCUGCGAAGAAAGGAUGUCCCCCUGCCCAGCCCGUGCACACACGCUGCGUGAGAGGGGGCUCGCAGAUCAGCCCCUCUGCCUCCCAAUUCUGUGUCUUUAGAUGCACUUCCCUGCUCCCCCUGACAGCUGCAAAAGGGAGAAGAGAGAAUUUUUAGCAAGUAAGGCAAUUUGGAGUGACAUGCGAAGGCUCCCUCCCCCUACCCAGUCACUGAUUAACCAGGAGAUGCAAUGGUCUCAAUGCAAGAACCCUGAGGACCUGAAUUGGGGAACAGCACCAAAAAACAGGAGCAGCCAGGAGAAGACUGCGAAAGGGGUUUGUAUCCGGUGUUUGAGGAGGAAUACUUGGUUCUAAGGUUUCCAGCUAAGCAUAUGUAUGGCUCGAUUAAAGCUACAGCCUCUUUCCUCCUUGUUUCUCCACUUUGGACUUGCUACCUUUAUCCUGUUCCUUCAGAGUUUGCAUGUUGAUGCAGCUGACUCUGGACCUUCUCCAAGCUCUGGACAGAACAACACAUGCUCAGGGUCCUAUGAUUGUAAGCCAGGGGUCAUUUUACCAAUAUGGUACCCAGAGAACCCAUCCCUCGGGGACAAAAUUGCCAGAGUCAUUGUGUACUUUGUGGCAAUGAUCUACAUGUUUCUUGGCGUGUCUAUCAUCGCCGACAGAUUUAUGGCAUCCAUAGAGGUCAUAACAUCACAGGAACGCGAGAUUGUCAUAAAAAAGUCAAAUGGAGAGACAUCUACAACAACUAUCCGGGUCUGGAAUGAGACAGUGUCCAACUUAACCCUCAUGGCUCUUGGCUCCUCUGCGCCUGAAAUCCUCUUAUCUCUGAUUGAGGUAUGCGGCCAUGGAUUUGUUGCUGGAGACCUUGGUCCUUCUACCAUUGUUGGAAGUGCAGCUUUUAAUAUGUUCAUCAUUAUUGCCAUCUGUGUGUAUGUUAUACCAGAUGGUGAAGUCAGGAAGGUCAAACACCUUCGAGUAUUUUUUGUCACAGCUGCAUGGAGCAUCUUUGCCUACAUCUGGCUAUAUAUGAUUCUUGCCGUGUUUUCGCCAGGAGUGGUUCAAAUCUGGGAAGGUUUACUCACCUUAUUCUUUUUCCCCAUAUGCGUGGUCCUUGCCUGGGUGGCUGACAGACGUCUCCUCUUCUACAAAUACAUGCAUAAAAGGUAUCGCACCGACAAACACCGGGCAAUCAUGAUUGAGACAGAAGCAGAGCACCCCAAGGGUAUUGAAAUGGAUGGCAAGGUGAUGAAUUCUCACUUCCUUGAUGGAAAUCUGUUAAACAUGGAUGGGAAAGAAGUGGACGAAUCCCGUAAAGACAUGAUUAGAAUCCUUAAGGAUUUAAAGCAAAAACAUCCAGAGAAAGACUUGGAUCAGUUAGUAGAAAUGGCCAACUACUAUGCUUUAUCUCACCAACAAAAAAGUAGAGCAUUUUACCGCAUACAGGCCACCAGAAUGAUGACAGGAGCCGGUAAUAUCCUGAAAAAGCAUGCUGCAGAGCAGUCAAAGAGGAGCCCGAGCAGGCCUGAUUUAUGCUUAGAGGAAUCAGAAGAGUUUGUGUCGAAGAUUUCUUUUGACCCUUGUUCCUAUCAGUGUCUUGAAAACUGUGGUGCUGUCUUGUUAACGGUGGUGAGAAAGGGAGGGGACGUGUCAAAGAUGGUCAUGGUGGACUAUAAAACUGAAGACGGCUCUGCCAAUGCCGGUGCUGAUUACGAGUUCACGGAGGGAACUAUGGUUUUUAAACCUGGAGAAACCCAAAAAGAGUUCUCAGUUGGGAUCAUUGAUGAUGACAUAUUUGAAGAAGAUGAGCAUUUCUUUGUAAGGCUUGGCAACGUCCGAGUAGUUGAGGCUCCAGAACCAAUGGAGCUCAACAGUUUUAGUUAUCCAAAAGUGGUUUUAUGCCCACCAUACAUUGCAUCGGUAACUAUCUUGGAUGAUGAUCAUGCCGGCAUUUUUACGUUUGAAUGCGACAUCAUACGUGUGAGUGAAAGCAUUGGCGUGAUGGAGGUUAAAGUUCUUAGGACAUCUGGCGCCCGUGGCACUGUCAUAGUCCCUUUCAGGACGAUUGAAGGGACUGCAAAAGGAGGUGGAGAAGACUUUGAAGAUGCGUAUGGGGAGCUAGAGUUUAAGAAUGACGAAACUGUCAAAACUAUUCAGCUCAAAAUAAUUGAUGACGAGGAGUAUGCGAAAAACAAGACUUUCUCCAUUGAACUGAGGGCGCCACACCUUGUGGACUUGAGUGUGCAGAAAGCUCUUCUAUUGAAUCAAGCUGCAGAGCUGGCAGAAAGAAAGGUUUCGGUUGAGGUGGAAGAAGCCAAACGGAUCGCUGAGAUGGGAAAACCAAUACUAGGAGAGCAUCCAAAGCUAGAAGUAAUCAUCGAAGAGUCUUAUGAGUUCAAGAACACCGUGGACAAGCUAAUAAAGAAGACUAACCUUGCCUUGGUGGUAGGCACUCAUUCCUGGAGAGAUCAAUUUAUGGAAGCCAUUACUGUCAGUGCAGCCGGAGAUGAAGAUGAGGACGACUCCGGCGAGGAACGCCUGCCAUCAUGCUUCGACUAUGUGAUGCACUUCCUGACCGUGUUCUGGAAGGUCCUCUUCGCGUGCGUACCACCCACGGAGUAUUUGAAUGGGUGGGCUUGUUUCAUUGUGUCAAUCAUGAUUAUCGGCAUCCUGACUGCCAUCAUUGGAGACCUAGCUUCACACUUUGGCUGCACCAUUGGCUUAAAGGAUUCGGUGACUGCCGUUGUUUUUGUGGCCUUUGGCACUUCCGUGCCCGAUACGUUUGCAAGUAAAGUGGCAGCGACCCAGGACGUAUACGCAGAUGCUUCGAUUGGCAACGUGACCGGCAGCAAUGCUGUUAACGUGUUCCUCGGUAUUGGUCUUGCGUGGUCCGUGGCUGCCAUCUACUGGGCCUCCCAAGGACAGGAAUUCCACGUGACUGCGGGCCCCUUAGCGUUUUCCGUAACCCUUUUCACUAUUUUUGCUUUCAUCUGCAUCAGCGUCUUGCUGUAUAGGAGGCGACCUCAUAUCGGCGGGGAACUGGGUGGACCCAAAGGGUGCAGACUCGCCACAAUGUUUCUCUUUGUGAGCCUGUGGUUACUUUACAUAUUAUUUUCGACUCUCGAAGCCUAUUGUUACAUCAAGGGGUUCUAAGUGGAACUGAGCUAAGCCAGCGAGAAGCCUGCUGCUUUUCGGCGGUGGGAGAGGCAACCCAGCAGAAAGAAUGCCAGCUAAUGGAGCAACAUCUCUGGGACUGCCAGAGAUUACAACACAAUCCAAAGGACGCUCGGACUGGUAUCGUUGGUUGAAGUGCAUUUACAAAAAAUAAAGUAGCGGUACUCUGAAUACCCUGUCCAUCAAAAAUGCUGCAGCCAAUCGAAACCGAACAGUACAGAAGAUGCUCAUUGAAUACCAGUCACUUUUUUUAGGGUUAUAACCUUGUUGCAACUUGCAGAAUUUUGCUUUUUUUUUAAUUAAUUCAUUUUAAUCUUUUCCUCCCCACCUGAAGUGUUGCUUAAAAAUAAUUCGCUUUUGUAUUUAUUUUGUUCAAUGCCAGGGGUGUCUUCAGGGGUUUUUUUUUUUAGGCCCCUAAAAAAAAAAAAGGCUUAGGGGCCCCGCGUCGUAAGUACAGUUCCUGAAAAAAAAAAAAGCAUAACUAUACAGAAACAAAGGAAGAAAAUACUUGUGAUCGCAAGUUUGUUAAUGAUGUGAUAUAAAUUUCGGAGGAAUCUAUACCUCAUCCUUCUGAGGUGGACCCUCAGACAAAUGGGGGGGCCCAUGGAAUGGACAUUUUUGGCUUAGAACAUUUAUCAAAUUGUUUUCAUUACGUUUUCCCAGGAAAGCAAGAAACGUAGAAUGCCAAGGAACAAUCGAAAAAGACCGGAAACAUUUUAUUUAUUGUGCCCUUAACUACAAAAACACUAUCAGAGAUUUGAAAAGUGAGAGAAAAGUUAUAAGAAGGAUGAGAGAGGGAUAGAAGGGAGUCUUCACAACUUGCAGUUUGUAAACCUUUGUACAUACAUAGCCUUUAUCACACUUUUCAUGUUUUUGGGUGGGUUUGGUGUUCCGAGUGUAAUGGGUGACGCUCGGUCAGUUCCCACGUUACCUCUCGGUCAGUUCCCACGUUACCUCCGUGCAUUAUGAUAUAACCCACUGAACAAUGCCGUAAAGACUAAUAGUACACCUAUAUUUUUAAGAUGGUGCACCAUGUCUAGUCUUAUGCUCCCCAAAGCUCUAGAAAAGGAUUUUAUUUCUAUGUAAAGUUAAACUAAAGAGAUCUUUGGAUUUUUCGUGAUUUGCUCCUUUUUUGCUCGCCGAUCAGUUUUUUUUUUUUGCCCCAGGCUGUCACAUCUCUCUAUGUACCGAAUGGCAAAACUGUAUUUAUUUUUUUUAAGUAGAAACAAAUUUCUAGAUUUUACUGCAUCAAAAAUGUUUCCAAUACGCA